CUUCCACUCCGGAUCCAGCAGAGACUCCGCUCCGGGUUUCCUCCCCCUCCGUCUCGGACCUCCUCCCACAGGAUCGGGGCUUCGGGCUUCAGAUGACUGAGGAUUGGCAGAGAGAGGAUCCGGAUCUGCAGAGAGCAUGGGGAGCAGCAGCAGUUGAGACCCGCACAGGGACUACUUUCCUCGGACUCUGGAUUUACCGGCAUGCCCUUCGUGAAGCGCACCGUGCAGCCGCAGCUCCUCUGUCGGCUGGAGGCCCCUAGGGGAUCUGAAACCCCUGAGCCUGGGGGGUCUGAGGACCUGGUGUCGGUCAGUAACCUGGCUCUGACCCGGGUCCUCCUCCAGCUGUCGGACCUGGCCCGGCUCUCCUGCUCCCUGUUCACCGAGCUGGAAUCCGAGCUGAGAGGGGGAGCGGAGCGGAUCCUCCGGCUCCAGGGCCGGGUGCUGCGGCUGCAGGACCGGGUCUCCGAGCUGGACCCCCGGCAGGAGCCUGUGCCGGUGUCGGAUCUGGACACAGAGAGCAAGCUGACGGAUCGGUUCUGCUUGGCCCGACUGACCCAGAGGAACCACUUCCUGUCAGACUCCAGACCAGCAUGCAUCACUGAGCUGCUCACAGAGACCCCCCCUCCACCUGCAGACAGAUCAUCAGAUGGGGGUCCUUAGGGAGCGCAGGGUGACCAUCUCCAUCACCCCCCUGAUGCCUCUCUACACCCCCUCAACCAGAAAGAGACACGAACACAAGGUGACCCUGACCACGG